UCCGCACUCAAUUCCUCUUUCCAAAUCCGAAACCCAAAACUCCCCACACAAACCACAAGCGCUCGUUCCUUUCGGUUCUUCUUCACUAUCAUACUGGGGACCUAGGGUUAGGGGUUUGGGCGCUCAGGGUUCAAGUCCUAGCUGCAACAAUGGUCAGGUACAGAAGCCGAAGCAGAAGCUACAGCCCUCGUCGACGUAGUCGGACUCCGCCUCGCGGACGCAAGCGAUACGACGACGAGCCGCGUGAUCGACACCGUGACAGUAGGUCUCACAGAGACCGUAGUUCUCCCGCACCUUCCGGUUUGCUCGUUCGCAAUCUCCCUCUCGACGCUAGGCCAGAAGAUCUUAGGAUCCCAUUUGAGCGAUUUGGCCCAGUAAAGGAUGUGUAUCUUCCUAAGAAUUACUACACAGGGGAGCCACGGGGUUUUGGGUUUGUGAAGUACCGUUAUGGUGAGGAUGCAGCAGAAGCAAAGCAACAACUGAAUCAUACAGUUAUUGGUGGGCGUGAGAUAAGAAUUGUGUUUGCUGAGGAGAAUAGAAAAACUCCGCAAGAAAUGCGCACAACUACUCGCGUAAGUAGUCGACAUGGAGGAAGCUCCAGAAGGAGAACUCCACCGAGGUCCCCAAGACGGCAAUAUCGUUCUUACUCGCCAUCACCAUCACCUGUUAGGCGUGAUUCAAGGGACCAUCGGGCUAGGGAUGAUUAUCGCUCGCCAGUACAGUCUAGAUCAAUUUCACGAUCACCCUCACCACGGGAUGGAAGAGACUACAGGAGGUCCCCAAGUCCGAGAGAGAAGGGUCGAAGUGCGCGUGAAGUUAGAGACUACAGGAGGUCCCCAAGUCCGAGGGUGAAUGGUCGGAGUCCUCGUGAUGUGAGAGAGUAUGCAUCCAGCAGAUCAAGGAGUCCUAGGGGUGGCAGUCGCAGUCCGUCAAGGUCUCGUUCGCGAUCAUACAGUCCUCGCUGAUGCCUGUCGGGUACGUUGGUUGCUGCUUCAAAGUGUACUCUGAGCAUUGCUAGCUAGAGUGAUAUGCUUAGUAUUCUGGAAGAUAAUGAAUAUUUGGUAAAUAUGAGGUUUGGACUGUAUCGGUUUUCGUCUAUGGAUUUAUUCUAUCUAUAUGUUAGUCGAGUGGAUCUACGUUUUCUAAUUGAUAAUUUUGCUGGCAUUUCUCACUUUA